AUGGGACGCGGUAAGUCGUGGUCCCGCGAGGAGUCACAAGCUGUCGCAAACGCAUGGAUACAUGCUUCGGAGCACACCUCGUCCACCCGCGAGCAAAGCAGUAAGGCCUUCGUCAAUGACCUUUACCGGCGCUUCACCGAACUCGCACCCUCAGAUCCAGACGUCCUCGAAGGGAGAUGGACCUCCCGCUCUCAGACGGCUGUAAAGACGCAGUUUGAUGCCAUUAGCGAAGAUGUCAACAACUUUAACAUAGCUCUUUCCGAUGUUGCGGAACAAGCUUUGCGCCAGGGUAUCACAUCUCGUGAUUUAAUUCUUCGAGCAACCGUCGGUAAACAUCUCCAGGCAAUUUCUGGAAACCUAGACUUUGACAGUGUCAAGUCCGAAGUAACCGAAUGGAAGCUGUUUGAAGCUUGGCGUGUGCUCAGUAGCUGCAAGCGGUUUGCCCCGGCCAACUGGCCCAUACCAACAAGCCCUAAUGAAGGCCAUGUCGAAGAAACCGACGUAAAACCUAGCCCUCAACCCCAGUCCAGGGGAAUGGACUGCGGCAACUCGGGAUACAGUAUUCCGAGCCCUCGCAACCUUCAGUCAGGGGGCACCCCGAUGCGCACCCUGGCAUCCGCUGCGCUCUCAAUGAAUCCUGUCGGGAACGGAAUGUCAUCAAUUACGCCACUGUCCCAAGCGGCUCCUAAUACCCACCGUGCCGAGAAAAGGAGUUCCCAACAACCUGGCGGCCGUAGAGGCUUCGCCGGUCGAACGUUGGGAAAGAGACGCGCUGAACAAGAGUUUAGAGGUCAGAGAGUAUCGAAAAAUCACAGAGCAGAAAAGUUUGAGAUACUAUCGCCAAACUGCGGGACACUUGAACUUGUUGCACAGGCCAUUUCCACUCUAGGGGAUGCCCUCAGCGAACACAAUGCAAUCACUCUAUUUUCAAGACCAGAAAUGCAAGGCCGUUCUGAACAACAAGAAUUCUUCAAUGCCCUUGCGGACAAGCAUGUGGCAAAGGCAAAGAUAGAUCGAGAUAGACUCGUGAACGAAGUACGACAAAAACGUGACAAUAACAAACAUGAGUCACAAUCGUAUCCGGAAUGAGACGCCAUCAUCAAGGCCAAAGUGAAAAAAAAAAGUCUCCUCUGCGUUUUUGUGACAACUCCAAAGAAACAUUACAUCAGACAGGGCAGCGGGCGGUGAAAGUAGACGGCGAAGGGCUUUGAGUGUGGUUCACUAAACAAGCUAGUCCGACCUGAUGGCUACGACUUUGUUUCCGAGGCGAUGAGCUCAUCUACCAAUCCCUCGCAGGCACCUUCAAUCAAAUCUAAGGCUAGUUCAAAGCCCUUUUCCCCCGACCAGUAGGGGUCUGGAACAGCACGUCCACGGAAAUUGUCGUCAGGACUGAACCGAGACAUGAGGGCCACCCUCGCCGGCGCAUCUUCAGCAACGUUCCAAUGUUGCUUCGCGGUGUUGAUCGAUUCGAUAUUGCUUUCAUCCAUGGCAAUGAUAAGGUCAAAGUGAUAGAAAUCGGCUCUACACAAGGGACGAGAUUUGCUGAGUAGGUCCAGACCGCGUUUCCUGGCAGCAGCACGCAUGCGAGGAUCUGCCUCGUCGCCUUGAUGAUACGAAAAACCGUCUUCUAGAUACCAAUUUGGGGAACCACCUCCUGUGCCACAAGAAUCGACGAAAAAGCUUUCGUCGAGCCCGCGACGGGAGACGACAUUCUUCAUAACUGCUUCUGCGGCGGGAGAGCGACAAAUAUUGCCAAGGCAAAGCAUGAGAACCUUGUGGUUUUCGACGUUAGACGUCAUGGUGAAACGAGGUAGGCGGGUUGGAGAGCAAGACGCAGGGAAACGCCGAGAAUGAGAAAAGCUGAGGGAAGGUAGGGCGAUAAAAGCGUUGGUCAUUUUGGCUUGUAGAUGAGGAUGAGGGCUUGCAACGGGCAGGGCUCGGACCAAAUGGAGAUCAACCGCAGUACUGUACAGCAGUGGUUCUCGAAGGGUCAUGGGAUGGACUGUCUCCAUGUUACGUGUAGAGCAAAUCGGAGGGCAACAAGUCGUGGGUGCAGACGUUUAAAGUUUAACGGUAUGAUACCGUCACAUACCGUAUACUGUACUGCACAGUUUAAACUUUAAACUGUGCAGUAUACGGUAUGUUUGGCCAACCACCAAACAGUUUGCUCCAUGGCGGGAUGCUGUCUAUCCAAUCAGCUUUGAUUAUGUUCGAAUUCAGAUACCUUUGUAAACGUCUAAACUUCUGU